AUGGAACCUUAUCUUAUCAUUGAGAGAAUUGGAGCUGUGGCUUAUCGUCUAGAACUACCAGCAGAACUAGAAGCAUUUCACGAUGUGUUUCAUGUCUCUGUAUUACGGAAAGUGGUUGCAGAAAAGGAGUUGAUCAUACCACAGCCACCUAAAGACUUGGAGCUAGAUUUGUCAGUUAAGGGAAGACCUGUGUCAAUCCUAAGCCGUAGAGAUGGUGGCUCAAUGGGAAAGAAAGCUCGAACAGUUCAAAUAUGUUGGGAAAGAGAUGGUAUUCAGGAGGUAACAUGGGAGACUGAACAACACAUGAGACAAGAUUAUCCUGAACUCUUUACUGAGGAUAGUGGAGUUUUGAAUUCAGGGACGAAUUCUCUAGAAGUGGGGGAGAAUUAGAAAUCUCAGUUUUCCAGUUUUGCUUCCAGUUUCUGCUUGAGGUUUUGGGGGAAGGAUUCCGGUCGAACCCGAACGAUUCAGACCAGAUUGGUGGUAGAUCCAGAUAGAGGGAGUGUCAGAGAAGGCAAGGGAGUCGAAGUUGGUACCAUAGGAGGUUCAGUUUUCCUACAACAGUCUCAAUCCGUUUUCAGCCAAAUUCAGAGAGGAAGAAUCGAGCUAUGGGCCAUGGUCUUCCCUCGAAACUGGACUGUGAUGGGCCGACGGGUUACAUGCAGGUCACGAACGGCUGACGAGCCCGGUAUGGGAGUGUAUGAGCUACGGCUGCCUCCAAGCAUGAGAAUGCCACCAAAGAAGACAACGCGUGUAGCAAAUGCAAAUGUAAAUGCACGAGCUGCUGGGCAAGGACAACCACAAGGUGGAGCAGAACCUGCAAUAACACGUGCAGAGGUGCAAGAGCUUCGGGAUAUGAUGAGAGAGAUUUUGCAGAGACAAGCAGCACCAGCAGUAGGCCAACCAAAUGCUGCACCACAUGGCCAUCACCUACCACCAGCUGCACCACAUGUUCAACAUCCACCACCACCUCCAGCAGGGGCACCAGCACCAGGAAUUGGUCUCACAUACUGGGAGACACUGAGACUCAUGACAGAUUUGGGUACAGAGAUUUUCAAUGGUGGGAAUAACCCAGUGGAGGCUGAUGAUUGGAGGAAGCUGUUAGAGAGGAAUUUUGAGUCAACCAGGUGUCCAGUUGAAUUCAAGAAAGGGCUUGCAGUUCAUUUCUUGCGUGGAGAGGCACACAUUUGGUGGGAGGGUGUGAUGCGGAGCAUGCCUGCUGGAUAUGAGAUACCUUGGGAGACUUUCAGAGAUGAGUUCAACAGGAAGUACUUUCCACAAGAAGCAAUGGAUACUAUGGAGUGUUCAUACUUGGAGCUUCGCCAGGGGUCCAUGACUGUUAGGGAUUAUGAGAGGGAGUUCAACCGCCUUAGUAGGUUUGCAGGGAGAGAGCCUGGAGAACAGAAGUUGAUUCGUAGAUUCAUGAGAGGGUUGAGGCCAGACAUCCGCAACCAUUGUUCAGUUCGAGACUAUGGUAGUAUGAUUGAGUUGGUUGAGAAGGCGGCCAUGAUGGAGACUGGGCUUGAGGAGGAAGUUAAACACCUCAAGAGCACUCAGGCAAAGGCGACAAAGGUUGUGGAGUCUCAGAAGCGUACUUGGGAUAACCGUGAUGCAAGACAAGGCCAGAACCGUUUUGCAGAGUGUGCUACUUGUGGUAAGAGACAUGGUGGAA